UUAGCACCCUCUGUAUCAGGUUCGUCUUCUUCCUCGUCGUCAUCGAAAUUCAAGCGCAAGAUCAGAGAAAAACCCUAGAUGGACCUCCUGAAGCAAGAGCUCCUUAAGAAGCGCCAGUCCCUCGCCGAGAACACCGGCGGCAGGCGAGUCUUCAAGCGCUCCGAGAUCGAACAGAAACAGAUCCAGAAGCUUCGCGAGCAAGAGAAACUCGAGCUCCAAGCCAAAGCCCACCGCCAAUCCAACUCCACCACCCCAACCGACUCGAAUCACAACCCUUCCACCGCCGCCACCAACACCUCCACAGCCGCGUCAUCGUCAUCCACAUCUAUCGCCUCCAAAUCCCUCACUGACGAGCAGAACAUAGACAAUCUCGUCCUCCCCAGACAAGAGGUGAUCCGCAGACUCCGAUUCCUGAAACAGCCGAUCACGCUCUUCGGGGAGGACGACGAGGCCCGGCUCGACCGGUUGAAGUUCGUGCUCAAGGCUGGGGCGUUCGAGGUUGACAGCGACAUGACCGAGGGGCAAACGAACGAUUUCCUGCGCGACAUAGUGGAGCUGAGGAAGCGGCAGAGAACGGGGAUGCUGAGCGAGAGGAAGAGGCAGAAGACCGACGAGGGAAAGGCUGAGGACAGGGACGGAGGAGGCGGGGAAGAGGAGCUGAGUGGCGAUGGUGGUUCUAGCGGCACGGAUGCUGUGGAUAAGGAUUCAAAGCGAAUGAAGGGGAAUUUUGAGGAGUUAUGUGAGGAGGAUAAGAUUUUGGUGUUCUUCAAGAGGCUGUUGAAUGAGUGGAACCAGGAAUUGGAUGAGAUGCCCGACGCUGAGAAGCGGACGGCCAAGGGGAAGUCCAUGGUGGCCACGUUUAAGCAGUGUGCGCGGUAUCUGAAUCCACUCUUCAAAUUUUGCAGGAAGAAGGUUCUUCCCGAUGAUAUUCGCCAAGCAUUGCUAUUGAUGGUUGAAUGCUGCCUGAAGCGAGACUACUUGGCUGCAAUGGACCAUUAUAUUAGGAUGGCCAUUGGAAAUGCACCCUGGCCUAUUGGUGUCACUAUGGUUGGUAUCCAUGAACGUUCAGCCCGUGAGAAGAUCUACACCAAUAGUGUGGCCCACAUUAUGAACGAUGAGACAACUCGCAAGUACUUGCAAUCUGUGAAGAGAUUAAUGACCUUUUGCCAACGACGCUACCCAACCAUGCCAUCCAAAGCUGUUGAGUUCAACAGCUUGGCAAAUGGUAGUGACUUGCAAUCUCUACUAGCAGAAGAGAGGUUUCCUGCGGGCGGUAAUGAAGCCUUUGAGGAAAGGCUUCGGAUAAUGCCUGCUCCAAAGGAUAGCUAGCUGUUAUGCAGGGAUGCUAUCAUCUGUUUAUUGGGUAGCAUCGUAUUUGAAUGUUCUAAAUGCCAUCCAAUUCUAUGCUUUGGUAAAUGGUAAAUCCACUCUCUGACCUUUGGAUGUUAGAUUUGAUUAUGUAUCAAUGCAAAAAUGUUCUAGUGCGGAAAAUUUAGCUCAA